CAACAAAAUGUCAGUUUUUGUUAUUCUGAUUUCUCAAUGUUACACGUUAUUUUAAAAGAAUUUCGUCUAAUUUAGUGACUCGAAAAGACAACGAUAAUCUUAAUUCUUAAAUGUUCUUUCAAAUACAAACCGAAUACAUAUUAAAGUGUUUGUGUUAGAUUUAAAUUGCCAUGCCAGAAGAACAGUGUUCAGUCGAUCUUGAGAGUAUAUUGGAUAAUUUAGAUGAUUUCACAUUCAAUACUACACAUUACAAUGAAAUUCAAAAAGUUUUACAAACAGAUAAGCCAAUAAAAUGUUCAGACGCCGAAAAAUUGGUUUCAAUAUGUCUUCAAGAUAUAAAUGAAGAUAAUAAAAAAUAUGGUAUUAACAGUUUGAAUAUCUUAUCAUUUCUUCUAAAUAAAAUUAAGAAAGAAAAAUUAUCAACUACUGUAAAUUUUGUUCCAUCAGCACAUGGAAUUCUAAGCACUCUCAAAACAGUUUCAUUUCUUCAAAACAUAGAGUCAUUCAGGUUACUAUGCUUUGAAAUUUUAAUGAUAUAUCCAGAUGAAACAUUGAUAUCAUUAGCUGUCCAACAUCCUAAUGAAAUUUAUGAAAUAGUUGAAAUAUACUGUAAUAGUCGAGCACCAACUGAAGUUAUUUUACAGCCAACAUUUUUCAUUUUACGACUAUUGCAAAUUAUGCCACACAGUGAUAGAGUGGAGUUUGUCAAAAAUGGAAUUACCACUUGGUUUUCAAGCCUUAUUCCAACAAUUUUUAAUUCAUCAACAAUAUACAUUAAUAUUGUGCAAAAUGCAUUGCUAUGUUUGGAGCUAUUGACAGAGGAUCUUCUCCAUUUUGAUUAUGUUGAUAAUUCAAAAUGGCUUGUCAUACUAGAAUGUAUUUAUGUACCAAAUAAAUAUCCAUUGGUAAUGAAACGCCUACUUGAAGAUGGAUCUAAUCACUGGCAUAGACUAUGGAUGGUAUGUGUAAAGCUGCUGAAAAGUCAAAUCACAAAAAACAUAAAUUCAGUUGCUUGUCCCAUCAACUCCAUGUUGCCAGUGGUUGAAAUGGCAUUUAAAAUGGACGUUAAAAACAGAUGUCGCGCUUUUAAGUGCUGGAAUGUCUUAAUUGACAAUUUUUCCACAGAGACUAAUGAAGUAUACAUGAAUAAAAGAGUCAAAUUGCUCUUAAUACCACUCAUAUCUAAUAAUGCUAAAGUGGAAGAAACUGCGCUCGCAAAGUUUGACACAUGGUGGCAUUUCAUAGUCAAGUUUCACACGAAAAUGACAAAGUUUUCUGAUACAGUUUUACUGCCGUUUAUACAAUUUUGUUUUGGAAAACCAGUUGUAUCGAAUAAACCUGCGAUCAUUCCUGGAUUAUUCACUGAAGAAACAAAGAAGUUGAGUCUCCAAUGUUUUGCAAAUAUAUUUGCACAUUACAACUGCACAGGUUGUGUUGAUAUGCCAAAAUUGGAAAGUAAAUUAGUAACAACCACACACUUGGUAACAAAUUGGAAACAUUGGAUAAAUGCUCUCAGUGUGGUGAUUAAAAUUGGAUCUGAUAGUGGUGAUAAGAUAUUAAUAAAGCAAGUAAAGUGUGCUUGGAAGUCAUUUGUUGCUACAGUUGGUGAACUGCCUGAGAAUAAUAUCAGAAGAGAUCUUUUUAUUGAGCUUCUCACCAUGAUACAGAAAUCUUUACAGGAUUGCCAAGCAGAGACCUCUGAAAUUGUAAUAAAUGUUUUAUUACCAGCCUUAUUUGAAGAAGAUGAAAAUAUCAAACCACUUUUGAAAAUAAAAUCAGAGCAUGAAGAUACAAUUUUAAAAAUCUUUUCAAUAUUAACUGACCAAUCAAAUAACAACUUUUAUUCAAGGUGUAAUGUUGAAGAAACAUUUACAAGCAUAAGGUCAUGUACAGAUUAUUUGAUACAGGCAUCACAUAAGACAUCUACUAUAUUGGAAAGCAUUGUCAAAGAUUUGCCAACUACAGAAAGUAGUCUUAUUUUGUGGACAGCUAUUGUUGAGUCCACGCUGAAGUUUGAAUUCACUAAUUGUCCAAGAAUUUUAAUUAACAUGGUUUCGUGGCCUUUAAAGAUGAAUUUACAUUCAAAUGUAAAUAAAUAUGUCUUAACAUGGCAAGCAAUAUAUGACUAUGUUAGUAAGAAAGUAACAUCUCCAAGUGUAAAUGAUGUUAUUUUACUAUUUUAUACUUCAAAUAAAGGCACCUGCACAAUAUUUAGCUUGACUGCUAUUUUGACCAUUGCAGGAGAAGUCCUAGUAAAAGAUAAAGAUAUGAAAUUCGAGAAAAAGACUGAGAUUAUACUCAAGCAUUUACAUAAGCAAGUUGAUAAUUAUAAACAUAUCCAGCCAGUUUAUAUGCAGUUGCUACAACAUAUUGCUGUGAUAUUAAAUAGAUUAACAGAGACUACAAGUGUCGCUUGCGCUAAACAUUUGUUAUUAAUUAUCAACAAAAUUCUAAAAGUAACACCAAAUAUAAUAAAUGAAGAUACAAAUGAGAAAAAGGACAUAUUUGCCUGUAUAGAAAAGGUAUUAACAAGUAUUGGUUUAAUUUUAAAAAUGGAUGCCUACUCCAAACUUAAUAUGCUUAUUCUUGAAGGGAUUAAGGAAAGUGCUCCUCUAUUAGUUAAACAUAUAGAAAAUAAUGUGGAUAUUAUUUCUAUUUUAAAAAUAUAUGAAAAUAAAGAUGCUGAUAUUAAGCAACUUGUCGAGAAGUUAACUGUUAAAGAAAACAAAUCAGAGGAAAAUAAAAUAGUCAAUCAUUCAUUUACAACUCCUAAUAAUAAACAAACCACAAAGAGAACAACGAAAAAAGAAGUUAGUAUUGUAAACACAGUUGUAGAAAAUGGAGAAGAAUUUGUUGUGGUCAAAUCCAACUGGAAGUUCAAUCCGAAAAAGUUAACUGAUAAUCAAAAGGAGAAGUUUCAAAGGAAACGAGAAGACAUUCCUGCAUUAUACCAAGAUUUGUCACAGUCUCAAGAUGAAUUUAAACUAAGUGCUUGGAAAACUGAAUCAAAUGAUGCCAAUUCAUCUAGCAAGUCUACCAGUGUUUCGGCUUGUGAAGAUGUAACUACAGCCCUUACGAAUAUUCCUAACCAAGAAAUGAUGCCUAAAAUAAUGGAAAAUAUUUCAAAAUGUGAUGCUAACAACCCUAUCAAUGACGAAAAAAAUAACAUUGAAAAUAUAAUUAAAAACCCGAAAGAUUCCACACCAAGUACUUUACAACCUACAACAACCAAAGAUACAAAAUCACCUCGAAUGGCCUUAAAAGAUCGAGUAUUUCGUAAUGUUAGAAAUUUAAUUGAAAAGUCGAACUUAAAUGAUGAAAAUGGAGUUACAGCCAGCAUAAGUGAGAAUGGAUCGAAGACGCCUAUGGGAGCCAAAAUAAUAGCCAAUGCUAAUAUUAUUAAUUCUGCACCUUCCCAACUGAACGGUUCAAGACCAGCACGUACUAAGAGACCACCUAAGAAAUUUGAUGAUUCUGAAAUCUUUUCCAUAAAGAGAAGGCGUCCAUCCCUGGGUCAAGAUGGUGAGGAAUCGGAUCAAGUAAUUACUAGCGAUGAAACAAAUAAAGUCAGUAAUGAUAAACCUACAAUUAACAAAGAACUACCAGUGGAUGAGGUGAAAAAAACAGAUAUAACAUUAAAAUCAGAUUGUAAAGACAUUGCUAAAGAAAAAACAAUUAAGGAAUCAUCAGUUAUUGGAUCGACAUUAGAAAAAACUGACAUUGAUGAUCCCAAAAUGCUAAUAAAUAAUAAUUUAUUAAGUUCUAAUGACCACAAUGUCAAAGAGACAAUAGACUCGGAAGCAAGCAUGCCAAAACUUAAUGUUGUUAGCACACCUUCAAAACCAAAAGCUACUGAUACAAAAAAUGAAGCGAGUACAUCCAAAUCGUCAACUAAAAAACCAUCGUCGAAAAAAUCCCGAAUUGAAAAAGAGUUAGCAAUAGAUAUGGUAGAGGGACAUCCGUUUUUAAAUGCCAAGCCUGAGAAAAGGUUAACUAGAAAAGUAUUGUCUAACUCUCCAUCAACUAGAAAGAAAAUAAACGAUAAAACUAAAACGAAUGAAUUGAAGAUGUUAUCAAAAGAAGACAGUCAAAGUAAGGAAGAUAGAACAGAUAUCUCAAUUGAUGAAACCCAAUCUCAAAAUAUAGACGUAACAGCAUCUCAAGAUAUAAUUGAAAGUUCUCAAGAUUCUUCAGUUACAACUAUUUCAGUUAGAUCAACAAAAAAUAGUUCAAGAAAAGUUCCUAUAGUGGCACUGGAACAAAUUAAUAAUAUUGAUAAAAUUGUUGCUAAAAAGCAAGAUAGUAUAGAUAAUUCUUCCGAAUCGGAUAAACUCGACAAAUUAGAGAAGGAAAACGACUUGGCAAAUAGCAAUGAUAAAGAUGACACUGUUUUACCUCAAAAUAAAACUGCUGAGGAACAAAGUAAUAUUAUUGAUUUAACAGAAAAUAUGGACACUGAACCCAUUGAAAUUAAUGAUGAUGAAAUCCAUGAAAUAUCUGACAAGCAAAUAGUUGAAAUUAAGAAUGAUGACUUAAGCAUGGAACUUGAUUCACAGGGUAUAGCUACUGCUGAUACUCAACCACUUGACCCUAAUUUUACCUUAGAUAAUGAUGAAACAGCAGUAAAAGAAAAACCUAUAGCAUGUAACGACAAAGCUGAUGAUAGCAAUAUAUUGGUAACAAAUGACAUAAAUAAUGAUAUUUCAAUUAACACAGUAACUGAUGAUGAUGCUACAAAUGCUUCAAUAACGACGGCAAAUGAGACUACUAAGACAAUAACUGAUUUAACUGUUUGUAAAUCAAGCCAAGAGGAGGCAGCUUCUUCGCCAUUUAAAGAUGACGAACAGAGGAAGAAAGAUUUUCUUAAUAAUACUUUAGAAAUAUCUCCAAUAAAAAUAUUAAGCCCUGUCAGAGACGAGAGAACGCCAUCUCCAGAAACUAGCAAUGACUAUGUCGUUAUAAAGCUUGCUUCACCUGUACAAUGUAAUGGGGAACCAAUAGAAAAGUGUAAUUCACCAGAAAUAUUUACUGAAGAUAAAGUGUCUCCUGACAAGAGAGAUAUCUCGCCUCCCAGAGAAGAAAUAACAGCUGCUAGCACGAGUCCUAGUUCUUUAUCUUUGAAAAAAAAUAGACCUCAAGUACGUGCGGGUGGAAGGGGAGCUCAAAUGUUAGGGCUUUGUGUGCCAGAUAGUUUACAAAAAAUUAAUGCUUCUGAGAAAAUGGCAGAGAGUGAUGAAGUAAAAAAAUCUACUCCUAUUAAUACUUCAGCUAGAAGAAAUUUAAGAAUAUUAUACAAUACUACCGAUAAUAACGAAGCCACAGAUGACAAUGAAGAUAGUGAUCUUUUUCUUAAAUUUAAACGAGAUCUUCCCACUACCGACUGCAGCCCUUCUGGGCCUAUAUUAAAACGUAAAUUAGCCGACAUUGCCGAUGAAGCUACUCCAUCUCCUGCUAGUAAGCGAAAACGCGUAAGUUUUCAUGAUCCGCCUGUAUCAACUACGGUUUGUGUUAAGAAAUAUAUUGAACCAUGCGGGAGUAGGUCUCCCAGUUCCGCGGGUAAACGACAAGAGAAACAAUUACGGUUCCAAAAUCAAACGCCUAAAUCACAGCGGAGACUUGACAAAGCCUUAACUAAGACUAUAGAAAGUUUCGUUGGUGAGAAUUGUAGUGAAGAUACACAAAUGAGCACAUUAGAAUCAACACCAGUAAUUGAAAUUGUUAAAACAAGUGAUCUUAAUGAUACCGACCCAAUAUGUCCUGAAUUAGUAAACUGCACAGACUCUAUUAAAAACAUUGCCACUGAAUUAUCAUCACCUGUGAUGAGAGCAUUGCUAGUCAAACAACUUGCAGGUAAAAUCGAAACUAUUGGUGACCUCGCUAAGAUGACUGAACUUGAAGUGAACAGGCUGUCUAUAAAGUCACCUAAAAUACAAACUGUAAAGGAAGUACUAAGUACAUACUUGCCAAGAAAAGAGGCUAACAGUAUACCAAGUAUUGAGAUUACUGAUGAAGAAGCUUUAUCUAAUACCGAAGAUGACUUAAAAACUCCUAAUUCAGAAAAUAUAGAUUUAGCAGAAAAAAUAAGUGAUAAUGUUGAAAUACAAACAGACAUUUUGGAUGUGUCAUCCAAUAGUACACAAACUGAUAUAACGGAACAAUUUGACAGUUCUGUACAGACAGAUAUGGGAACCUUGAUUUAUGAACAUGACAUCCCAAUGCACAUAAAUGAAAAACCUGAUAUUUUGGAUAAACUGGACGAUAAAGUGUUUGAAACACUCACUGACACUCUUGUAGAGAGAUUACCACUAAGUAAAUCCAGCCAGAUCAUCGAUAAAAUAGUUGAAAGACAAUGUGAAACGGAUACUAACUUAUCUGAGGACAAAAGGUUUUCCUUUUUGCAACAAUAUUUAUGUGAUAAAUUUGAAAGUAGAGAUUUGAUGCUGUUUUGUAGUGGGCUGUUAAAGAAAGUGUAUGAUAAAUCUUGACAAUCAGAAUGAUUUACAAAAUGAAUGUUCAUUCAAAAUAAUUUCUGUUUUGUAUUACUGUGUUAUGAAUUACAUUAUGUAAUCUGUGUGAAACUAAAUUAUUGAGUUAAUUUUAUUUUGAAAUAAAACAAAUUUAUAAAACUAAGAUUAUUUAAUACAAAACACAUCAAAUAUUUACAGUAUUCAGUCAUGAGCUGUGGCAAUACCACUAAAUAUCAUACAUGCAAAUGUAUAUAAUUCAAAAAUAUUUUGUAACCAAACAAAAUGCAAGGCAAAGUAUUGCCCGUAAAUAUUUAAGCCCAUUCUUUUUUUAUUUUAAAUAUAAAGAUACAUACAAUAAAAUGGGUACCUUAGAAAUCGAAAUGUGGAGAAAGGUACAUGGCAUCUUAAUGUAUCACACUAUUUACAGCAGUAUAAGAUACAGUUAAAGCUUUAUAAAAUAUUAGACUUAAUUAUUUUAAAUAAAUCAUAUGUACACAUUACUAGGUAACAACACACCCACCCAGUUUUAAUUGUAAAUAUCACACUAUUCAUCAUUAAUUGCUUAGAUCUUAACCAUGUCAAAACUUUAUGCAUGUUCAUAAUUUUCUUUAUGUUAAGUUCGACUGAUUUAUGUUUUGUAUUCUUUUAGGUUAUGUAGAUAAGAUAGAUUGUAGGAACUCAUUACUUAAAUAAAUUAAUACAGAAAAUA